AAUAGAGGGAGUCUGCUGAACCAGUCGUAUUGCUCUGUUCCCGGGGUUAAAUUGAGUUCAGGGAUCGUGCGGCGUCCGUCGUCUGUGUGCUUCCCCAGGCGACAACACUGAACACAAAACGCCGGCGCCUGACGGGUGGUUCGAUACACGGCACCUGCUUCUGUCUCAGUUUCAGUCUCAUUCUCAAGAAUCAUCGACUUGGCAGUCCAGCCUUCUUUUCCAAACGUGGCUUCAGAUCGGUAUAGAUUCUUGAAUAACGCGACGAAUAUUGUUGCCUCUUGUAACUGUUUAGUGGAUUUUUUUUUGCAAAAUCAGAAUGGAGAUCUCUUUGAUGGAACAUAUUCUUAUCCACUAUCGAUGGAUUUUUGUUUGCUUGUUUCUUCUCCCUGUCUCGGUGAUUUACGAUGCUGUAAUGUACUUGCGGAUGAAGAUUGUGUUUGCUCUCAGCUCUGCACCAAAGCAACACGACAAGCGAGUUCAGCAAAUCCAAAAACAGGUUCGAGACUGGAAUGACCAGGGCCGCCAGAACCGCAUGUGCACGGCACGGCCUGGCUGGGCCACCAUGAGCUUCCGGCGCGGUCUGUACAAACACACGCUGCACAACAUCGAGAUCAACCUCAUCGACAUCCUCAACGUGGACACGCAGCGAGAGAUUGUGCGUGUGGAGCCACUGGUCACUAUGGGUCAGGUGACCGCCUGCCUGAACCCCCUGGGCUGGACACUGCCGAUCCUGCCUGAGUUGGACGAUCUGACAGUCGGUGGUUUGAUCAUGGGGGUUGGAAUUGAAACUUCGUCUCACCUCUACGGUCUGUUCCAACAUUCGUGUGUCAGUUUUGAGCUGGUCACAGCAGAUGGCAGUGUGGUCAAAUGCUCAAAGGACGAGAACCCAGACCUGUUCUACGCCGUGCCGUGGUCGCACGGCACCCUUGGCUUCCUGGUGGCGGCCGAGAUCAAGAUCGUCCCGGCCAAGAAGUACGUCAAGAUGGAGUACAUCCCUGUGGGCUCGGUGAAGGAGCUGGAGCGCCGCUUCCUGGACGAGGACACGUGCAAGAACAACCAGUUCCUGGAGGCCCUCGUCUACUCGCGCUCGCAGUCCGUGUUCAUGGUCGGCAACCUGACGGACGAGGCAGAGCCUGAUAAGGUUCCAGAUGCUGUACGCAGAUUCGUACCUGAGCCGCGAGCAGUUCCGUGCCAUGUUUGACCACUCCCUCUACGACAAGAUGAGGAAGCAACUGGACUGUGAGAAAGCCUUCCCAGAGGUGUACGAGAAGGUCAACCGCAAGGCGCGUACCUAACGACCCGCGACGAACGACACACACCCCCCCCCCUUCCCAGGCCUGCCAGGUACUCCCAGAAAGAAAAUCCGAGCUUUCUAAUUUAAAAAUUAAAAUUUUUUUUGGCCUUUUAAGAACCUUGAUUGGAAUUGCGUAAAAUCUGAUUGAUCUAUUCUUGAAUUGGGUCUUCAUCAGGUGGUCGUAUGUGACUUUUAUCGUAAAUGGCAAUGUCAAAAAAACACAUUUUUAUUUGCGUUUUAAUUUAUUGUAUUUGCUAUGCAAUUAUAUUUACCAUAGUUGGUUUGUUACGUAGUCGUUAUCUUCUGGGGUUCUGGAAACUGAUUUCUUUUGCUCAAACUCCUAUUUUUGGGGAAGAUAUAGAGAAAAACUCCUCUUUAGGGGGAAGAUUGAGAGAAAAACUCCUAUUUUUGGGGAAGAUAUAGAGAAAAACUCCUCUUUAAGGGGAAGAUUGAGAGAAAAACUCCCAUUUUUGGGGAAGAUAUAGAGAAAAACUCCUCUUUAAGGGGAAGAUUGAGAGAAAAACUCCUAUUUUUGGAGGAAGAUUAACUCCUAUUUUGGGGGGAAGAGAUUUAGAGAAAAACUAAUUUUUGGGAGCAAACUUGUAUGUUUGGGGGAGCAUUCAGGCAAAAACUUGGGAAAACUUGUAUUUUUGUUGCUGGAGUAGCAGGCAGGUGUGGGGACCCCAUGGCCGUACAGGACUGGCCGCAUGUUUUCCUACGUGGAGCAGGGAGGUACAGACAUCAGAGCACCAGGGGGUAGCCUCUAUACGUAGUGGAGGCUGGAACAACUUCUUGUUCACGUUCAACGAAA